AUGCCGUCGUUAUCAGGUCCCGAUGGGAUCGAAGAUGUUAACUCUAAUGACAUUAGGCAAGAAAUCACACGCUUUGAAAGUGUGCAUCCUUCAAUAUAUGCUAUGUAUGACCUUAUUGAGUCACUUGCUGACCGUCGACAAGCUGAUUUGUUUAGACGACAAGUUGCGAGUGUUGAAGAUGCCUUUGUUAACAGUCAGGAGUGGACCUUAGGACACACAGUUCCGCAAAUUAAAUUGGGUCUCCUUGGUUCGGUGCAUAGCGGAAAGUCAGCGUUAGUUCACCGAUACCUAACAGGCACGUAUCUCCAAGAUGAGUCUCCUGAAGGGGGAAGGUUUAAGAAGGAAGUUGUUCUCGAUGGGUUGAGUUACCUGCUGUUAAUUCGCGACGAGGGUGGAGCUCCAGAUGAACAGUUCAGCCGAUGGAUCGAUGGAGCUGUCUUUGUCUUUAGCUUAGAUAGUGAGGACAGUUUUCGUGUUGUUUGCGAAUACUUUGAGCGCCUUGAUUCGUUCAGAGAAACUCACGAUCUACCAAUUAUAUUAGUCGGCACACAAGAUUCUACCUCCGAAUCGAACCCUCGAGUUAUCGACGACUCCAAAGCUAGGCGCUUGGCAAUCAGUCUAAACAAAUGCCCGUAUUACGAAACCUGCUCAACCUAUGGCCUUAACGUGGAAAGAGUAUUUCAGGAUGCUUGUAUCAAAAUUGUUCAGUCACGUCCUGACCUGAGCUAUCUGCUUCCAACAAGCUCUGUUCAGCCUCCAAGGGCGCAGCCUUUCCAAAUGUUUCAGCAGCGUUCUCAGUCGGCUUUUCCUGUACAGCAGGGGUUUUCACCUCAAAUUUGCCCUCCAAACCCUUACCGUGACAGGGGCAUGCCUCUGAUUUCUCAAUUCCAAUCUGGUACAAUCGGAGGCGACCCUAAUAUGGCUGGCUGUCUGAACACCCAAGUACCACUUCAGUGUAUGUACGCCAACACUACAGCUCGGGCCGGUAGCUACCCACAAAGACUGCCACCUCUCCCCGUCGAUAACGGCACCAAUGGAUGUAUCAACACUAAUACCAGCGGUGGCAUUCUCACGACCCAAUCGGCUGAAUGUCGCCGUCCUGACAUGCACAAUAACCCCGGAUUCGAACCUGAUUUUGGCGACUCCGCUCAUUGCAUCAUCAGUCGUCCCAGUUCAUUCGCGCAGCUGCGUUUAUUUACCGAGGGUGGUGGUGUUGGCGAUUGCAGCACCAUCAUUGCUCGGCCCGUUGCCACUGUGUUGUCGGUUCCUCUUGAGUUGCCAAAGUACCUUCAGCCACCAUCCUUGCCGGAUACUUAUUGGGGCGUCCACCCAUUCAUCUCAUCCGACCCUGAUCAGUCUAAUGUAGCCCAGUGGUAUGCCACCAGUAAUCCCUCACUCUCGGAUCUUGGGAAAAGCCCUGGCAGUGACAAAUCCGGUUCGGACAGCGGUUGGCCAACACUCAGUCGCAUUAAGCAUCGAAGACGGCGUGGUGAGCGAAAGAAGCACAGGAAGUACCUCUGCAUACCGAAAAGGGAUUCGCGCGGAGAGGCUAAGGAUUCCCUCACGCCUAGUAGCACACCCACCCAAUCCAGGAAGACCAGGCCUAAGUCCAAUCUAUUUAAGAAGUCCGACGAAUCGCGAGAGAAGGAGAAGAAGGGAGCGCUGGACGGGAUUGGGAGCGGGCGAUCGAUUCCAAUCAAACAGGGUUACCUCUACAAGCGGACUUGCAAACCCCUGAGCAAGGAGUGGAAAACGAAGAAAUAUGUCGCCUUGACAGACGACGCUAGGCUCAUCUAUCACUCUAACAUCCAGGACUACGUCCAGAACGCCCACGGCAAAGAGAUCGAUCUGAGUCGGGUGACGGUGAAGAUACCGGGCGUCAUCUUCAGGCAGACGGGCGGUCAGGUGUUCUCUAAUGGCUCUGGCCGAAAUCCAGGCGUCGAGGCAACAUCCGACAAGCUGGCCGGUUCUUCCCUGGAGAACACCAGUGGGCCACCGGAUCAAGGACAGGCCUCCAGCGAAGGUAGCAUGAAUCCCGGUAAUCGCCCGCACCCCCAGCAGGGCACGAAGGAGAACUCCAAUAAACGCUACCGACGGGUGAAGUCCUCUCAAAAGGCCGGUGCCGCUGACGGAUACGCUAUCCAAUACGGUGUGUGCGUGCAUGGGGGUACGCAGAUAACCAUCUACGUGGGGCUAAGGGGAACAGAUCGCCAGUUUGGAUAUGGGGGAGGUGGGGGAGAGGGUUAUUGUGUGGAUGGGCACGCGUCUCGUGUCCUGGGUCUCGCUCGUUCACCCAUGUUCAUUGCGUGUGCAACGUGCUCGCGCGCCUACCGUGUUUUGCUUGAUGCGGAAUUGCGGUGGGCGACGACUUGUUCGGCUUUUUAUGGUGCCUUCAAGGCCUGCCGAUGCGAUCCCCCUUGUCCUUUCCUUACCUGCAUUUCCUCCUGCCUUGAAUUAGAGUCCGAGGGUUACGAGUUCCAGUUGAUCUCAAUGGACCGUCAGUGGAACUUUGAGGCGCACAGCUCGGAGGAUCGCGACGACUGGGUGGCGCACAUCGACCAGGCCAUUAUCAUGCGCCUUCAGUUGUUGGAUUCCAGCAAACGAACAGGUGAAAGCCAAAUCGCCGGAGGUUCUGCGGACACCCCAUCAAAUAGCUGGGGUGGUGGCAGUCAUUCGCUGUCUGGCGGCGGCGGCGGCUCCGAUCCUGGAACCCAGAAAGACGGGGGAAGUGAGAAGGCCGAGAUCAUCAGAGUUGACGAGGCUAUGGCCAAGUCCCUUCGGUCUGUCGCCGGAAACGACACCUGCGCGGAUUAUCCCGAUUGGGCGAGUCUCAACCUCGGCGAGAUGGUCUGCAUCGAAUGCAGUGGAGUCCACCGGAAGUUGGGCACCCACAUCUCGCGGAUACGCUCGCUCAUGCUCGACGACUGGACCAAAGAGGCCAUCGCGGUGAUGCGGGCCAUCGGCAACACCCUCGCCAACUCCGUCUGGGAGGCCGCUGUGCCCGGCAACGCCGCAAACCGCAGGAAACCAGACAGCCACAGCUCCAAGGAGGAGAUGGAGGCGUGGAUCCGCGCGAAGUACGAGCAUCGCGAGUUCCUGCCGCCGUUGCCCUAUCCCGAGGCUCCGCUGCAGCAGCAGUUGAUCGACGCGAUCGCCCGACAGGAUACGCGACAGGUCAUCCUCUGUCUGGCCCGCGCCACCCCAGAUACCGUGAACGCGCCCUACUCGCGGCACGACCCGCGCGCGGCCAUCCACAUCGCCGCCACCCUCGGCAACAUCGUCUAUCUCCAGCUGCUUCUGUGGUACAACGGCAACCCGAGUGUCAUGGAUGCGGAGGGCAGAAACGCCUUCUACUACGCGCACUGCUCGUAUCACUUCGACUGUGCCAGCUUCCUUGCCCGCAACGGUUGUCCGCGUCAGGCGGUGCCCACGCCCUCCCCUGCCCUCUUCUCAUCCGCUGCGGUCGCCCAGCAACCGCCUCACCAUCACCAGCAGCAGCAACGACCACCGCCACCGUCGGCGCAACAGCAGCAGCAGCAGGUCAAGUCUCCACCUGCGCACAAUCCGAUGACCCCCAAACACCAACAUUCGGCGUUUCAACAACAACAGCAAUCUCUCCAGCAAAUGGGCUACCGAGGCAGCAGCGGAAGCCCCUCUAUGGCAUCGGGACUGCCUCCUCCGACACCACAGAGCGUCAUGCCUGGCCAGAUCCCCUCUGGGUUUGCUCCCGUGUACAUGCACAACAUAAUGCCAGUGUCGACGGCAGCUCCGGCCCUGCACGGGACGAUGGCCGGCAACGCCCUGACCCCGCAGAUGACCCCGGCGACAGUCGCGGCCGCCGGCGCCACCCUGCCUCGACGCCGCAGCCCCUUCCCGCCCCAGGCUGUGCCCCAGGGCGGCUACUUGGCGCAGCCGUGUCCAGCCGGCGCCAUGGCCAACCGACCGCUCCCCGUCGCCGGUGGCUUCGACCCGACCUCGGGUCGGGCCCUCGUGUCGGGUUUGGCCGCGCCGCCCCUCGUCUCCUCCCUCAACGCCCCCGCUCCCCUUCCGCCUCCGCCGCCGCCUGGCGCCAAACCAUGCGACGGGAACCAGGAAAUUGGCAUCUAG